UUCGUGGGCGACGUGGCCAAGGACUUGGGGCUGCAGCCGCUGGCGCUAGGCGACCGCGGCUUUCAAAUUGUUUCCGAAGGUAGGACGCAGUAUUUCGCUGUGCAUGGGAAGACGGGACAUUUAGUGACGGCGGAGAGAAUCGACAGAGAGCAGCUUUGUCGGCUGGUGGAGAAAUGCUUGCUGCGCUGUGAACUGAUAAUGGAGAGGGAAAUGAAGUUCUAUGAAAUCGAAGUGGAAAUCUCAGACAUUAAUGACAAUGCGCCGAGAUUCCGAGAAGCAGAAAUAGAACUGAGAAUGAACGAGAUGACAGCCCCGGGGUCGCGGUUUCCUCUGGCCGAAGCUCACGAUCCUGACUCGGGCCGUAAUUCCCUGCAGAGCUACGAGCUGAGCGGCGACGAGCACUUCUCGCUGGCCGUGCAGGCGGGCCCCGGCGGCGAUCAGCGCCCCGAGCUGGUGCUGGCCAAGGCGCUGGACCGGGAGGAGGCGGCGUUUCACGAGCUGGUGCUGAGGGCGAGCGACGGCGGCGAUCCGGCACGGACGGGCACGGCUCGGAUCCGCGUGACGGGGCUGGACGCGAACGACAACGCGCCCGCGUUCAGCCAGGCGGAGUACACGGUGCGUGUGCCCGAGGACGUGCCCGUGGGCUCUGUCCUCGUCACCGUCACGGCCACGGACAACGACGAGGGACUGAACGGUCAAGUGAAAUACUGGUUGAAAAAAGUGUCGGACAUAGCAUCAGAUAUUUUUCGUCUGGAUAAUGAGACGGGAGAGAUCAUGCUACUGAGAACCCUGGAUUUUGAAGACGGCAAUUCCUAUGAACUUGAGGUGCAGGCACAUGAUGGGGGUGGACUUUUUGAUACGACCAAAGUUACGAUCUCCGUCACAGACGUCAACGACAACAUGCCAGUGAUUUCGGUGAGGUCGGCAAUCAGCGAAAUAUCUGAGGACGCACCGUCGGGGACAGUUGUAGCUCUGCUGCAUGUUCAUGAU